GGUCCCGUUCCUACGUACAGUUAUAAAUACCUUGUGCUUCCUUUACCUCUUCAUUCCAUUUUUGUAUCUCAUGGCGAUCUCCAAGAAUUUUCCUGCUUCCACUCUUCUUCUUAUUAUUUCUUUUCUUGUAAUUCUGCAGCUUCAUUACAGUGAUGAAAUAUCGAUGAACGCUGAAGGCUUUGAGAGUUCUCCGGCAUCCGCACCAGCACCAACACCAAUCCCCUCAAGCCCUCUGUCCCCCAAAAUAGAUUGCGGCGAGAGAUGCUCAGAAAGAUGCAAGUUGUCAUCAAGGCCUAAUCUGUGUCAUAGAGCGUGCGGGACUUGUUGCGCCCGUUGCAACUGCGUGCCUCCGGGCACUGCGGGCAAUCAAGAGGUCUGCCCUUGCUACGCUAACAUGACGACUCAUGGUGGCCGAAAGAAGUGCCCUUAAUUUACAAUUCUGCCAUAUGUAUGUGUCGUGUUAUUCACUCAGCAAAAUGUUUGUGCAGUACGAAAAUAGACUUCAUUCUAUUUGUUGUUUAACAGAUAUAAUUGCUUCUUUGUUAUUUAUCCUUCAAUAUAAAUGAAUGAUGUUGAACACCA